AUGGCGAGGGAGACCGAAACCCCCGCCGCGGCGCCGUGCCUCCUCCUCGGCCCUCCCCUCAUCCGCGCCGCGCGCCCGUCCCCCGCGGCGGCCGCUGCCGGUGACGACACCGACGCGUCGCACCCGUUCCUCGACCUCCUCGACGCGGCCUUCAACGCGCCGUCGGCCGCGGAGAUGAAGGCGGCGCUCACGCCGCGGAGGGCGCUCACGGGGAACUGCUCCGCCACGUACGCCAACUCGGGCAACCCCUGCCUCGACUUCUUCUUCCAGGUGGUGCCCGACACGCCGGCCGAGCGCGUGCGCUCCCUGCUCGCCGCCGCCUGGACCCACGACCCGCUCACGGCGCUCAAGCUCGCCUGCAACCUCCGCGGCGUGCGCGGCACCGGAAAGUCGGACAAGGAGGGCUUCUACGCCGCCGCGCUCUGGAUGCACGACAACCACCCCAAGACGCUCGCCUGCAACGUCGCCGCGCUCGCCGAGUUCGGCUACCUCAAGGACUUCCCCGAGCUUCUGUUUCGGCUCAUCCACGGCGCCGACGUGCGCAAGGUCGCCAAGGCCGGUGCGGAGGCCGACAAGGUGCGCCGGAAGGCCAAGGACCUGGCCAAGCAGCGGGAGAGCCUCCGUGACAGGCUCGCCGGCAGGAAGCGCGCACGCGAGCUGGCGUCCGUGCCGGCCAAGGCCACCUUCGGCGACUUCCUCUCGGCCGCCCUCUCCAAGUCCGGCAAGGGCAAGCCCAUGGAGGCGGAGACCGCCCCUGUAGCUGUCCAGGAGCCGAAGACGGAGGCAAUGGAGGUUGAUGCGGAGAAGACGGCGGCGAACAAGCCGCGGCGGAUGUCCAAGAAGGUCCGCAAGGUGGCCAAGCUCGCCGUGCAGUCGCUGGAGACGUACUACGGCGACCGCGCCUACCGCUUCCUGUUCGAUGCCGUCGCCGAGUUCUUCGCCGCGCUCCUCAAGUCGGACCUCGAGCAGCUGGCCCCGAAAGGCAAGAAGAGGAAGAUCGGGCUCGCCGCCAAGUGGUGCCCCACGCCGGGCUCGUCGUUCGACCGCACCACGCUGCUCUGCGAGGCCAUCGCCCGCCGCGUCUUCCCCCGCGACUCGGACCCUGAGCUCGCCCAGCUGUCGGACGACCACUACACGUACCAAGUCCUCCGCCGCCUCCGCCGCGAGGUGCUCGUGCCGCUGCGCCAGGUGCUGGAGCUCCCGGAGGUGUACAUGAGCGCGCAGCGGUGGUCGGAGCUGCCCUACAACCGCGUGGCCUCGGUGGCCAUGCGGCGCUACAAGUUCCUCUUCAAGAAGCACGACGAGGAGCGCUUCGAGCAGUACCUGGAGGACGUGGAGGACGGCAAGGCCAAGAUCUCGGCGGGCGCGCUCCUGCCGCACGAGAUCGCCGCCUCCGCCUACCGCGGCGAGGACGACAACGUGUCGGAGCUCCAGUGGCGCCGCAUGGUGGACGACCUCCGCUCCAAGGGGUCGCUGCGCAACUGCAUCUCGGUCUGCGACGUGUCCGGCAGCAUGAACGGCACCCCGAUGGAGGUGUGCAUCGCGCUCGGCGUGCUCACGUCGGAGCUCAGCGAGGAGCCAUGGGCGGGCAAGGUGAUCACCUUCAGCUCGACCCCGGAGAUCCACCUGAUCAAGGGCAAGACCCUCCGCAAGAAGAUGGACUUCGUUCGGCACAUGCAGUGGAACUUGAGCACCAACUUCCAGGCGGUGUUCGACAAGAUCCUCCGUACGGCCGUGAACGCCCGGCUGGCGCCGGAGAAGAUGAUCAGGACCGUGUUCGUGUACAGCGACAUGGAGUUCAACGAGGCGUCGGGCCACGGCGGUGGACACUACGGAUCGCGGCGAACGUCCGAGUCCUGGGACACUGACUACAACGUGAUCUGCAGGAAGUUCAGGGACGCCGGGUACGGCAAUGUGGUGCCGCAGAUCAUCUUCUGGAACCUGCGCGACUCCAAGUCGACGCCGGUGACGUCGACGCAGCCGGGGGUGGCCAUGGUGAGCGGCUUCUCCAAGAACUUCCUCAAGAUCUUCCUGCAGAACGACGGCGUUGUGAACCCCGAGGCCAUCAUGAUGCAGGCCAUCGCCGGCGACGAGUACCAGAAGCUGGCCGUGUACGACUAG